UCCCGCUUCGCCACGCAGUCUCAUCGUCGGGUGCUCGAUUCCAAGCAGGCUCUCUUCUCACUGUGGCGGAGGGUAUCAGUGCCUGGAAGGUCCUUGAUAGAGGAGAGAGUGCAGAGUGCGCGGACGGCUGACCUUUGGGAAAGGCCAAGUCCAUCAUGGCCAGCAUUGCAAGCUCGGCAGCUGCACUGCGCCUUCCUGCUCUUCUUGCUUCCACUUGUACCUCUUCCUGUCGUGCGUUAUCUGGCAGCGCUAGCACGAUGGCACUUGCUCAAAUGCCGCGCGUCGCAGCGGCGCACCUCAACCCCGUCGCGGGCUUUGUCGGUGCAAUCGGCAAUACUCCCCUCAUUCGCCUGAACAAGCUCAGCGAAGAGACCGGAUGCGAUAUUUUGGGCAAGGCAGAGUUCAUGCAGCCAGGUGGUAGUGUCAAAGACCGAGCAGCACUAUUUGUUGUGAAGGAUGCUGAGGAGAAAGGCCUGAUCAAGCCUGGGGGUACUAUUGUGGAGGGAACUGCCGGAAACACCGGCAUUGGUCUCGCGCACGUCUGCCGCUCGAAGGGAUACAAAUGUGUCAUUUACAUGCCCAACACGCAAUCUCAGGAAAAGAUCGACCUCCUGCGCAUGCUAGGGGCAGAAGUUCAUCCGGUCCCUGCCGUUGCGUUUGACAACUCGGAGAACUACAACCACCAAGCUCGCCGUCAUGCUGAACGGCUCGACAAUGCUGUGUGGACGAACCAGUUUGACAAUACGGCCAAUCGGAGAGCUCAUAUCGAGACCACCGGCCCAGAGAUUUGGGAGCAAACCGAUGGUGGCAAGCUGGACGGCUUCAUCUGUGCAACCGGCACCGGCGGUACACUCGCUGGGACAACCCGGUACCUUAAAGAGAAGAGCGGAGGAAAGAUCAAGUGCUGGCUUGCUGAUCCUCCUGGGAGUGUCCUGCAUUCGUACAUUCAAUCAGGAGGCAAGUUGAUGGAGCGACAGGGCGGCAGUAUAACCGAAGGCAUUGGUCAAGGUCGUGUCACGGAAAAUCUCAAGCCUGACAUCGGGUUGCUGGACGGAAGCCUUCAUAUCCCAGACGAGGAGAGUAUCAAGAUGGUAUACCGCUGUCUCGACGAGGAGGGUAUCUACAUCGGUGCCAGCUCUGCUCUCAAUGUUGUGGCUGCAACUCAAAUGGCGCAAAAACUCGGCAAAGGGAGUCGUAUCGUGACCAUUCUCUGCGACGGCGCUUACCGCUAUCAAGCCCGUCUCUUCAGCCGAAAAUGGCUCGAGUCGAAAGGUCUUGUCAACGCCAUUCCUGAACACCUCCAGAAGUAUAUUGUACUAAAUUAAAAUGCCUGAUAUUACAAAUGAUCAAGCCCGUGAAG